UUCUUGAAGUGACACACCACCCAAGUUAAGCUCGGUUUGGGGGGAAUUUUGACACACCAAGCUCAAAAGGUUGCCCAUCGCUGAACUAGUCUAUGACAAUCUUGCCUAGUACAAUAUUAAAUUUUGGAGCUUGUGUGAACUUCUCUAUCACCCUCCUUUCCAACCAGCCUACUUUUUACUGGAUUUUUUUGUUGUUGAAAAAACUGGUUAGCUCAGUUGGUCUGUUCUUAAACAGAAGCCAUUAUUAAACCAAGGCGCGCUUUCCCUAAUGAGGCCUCCCGCCACCGGUGCCCUUCCACCGUUUGGAUUCCGUACUUAGACCGAGGUAAAGUUCUCAAACCAAGACACUAUUUCCGGUUUUGCGGAGUUUGUAAACCAAAUCGUUCUUAAACCGGACUGUUCUUAAACCGAGAUACUACUGUACCGUAAGCCUGCUUUCCCAGAUCCUUGCCCGCUUUUUAUUUUUUAUUUUUUGCCAAGCACAUAAAGCUGAAUACACACAUGUUAAAUGAUUGUAAGUUGGUGUACUGGUUAGCAUGUUGGACUAGGACCUUGAAGAAACCAGAGUUCGAAUCCUCACUUGGCCAUGAAACUCAGUGGGUGAUCUUGGCCAGUCAAUGCCUCUCAGCCUGACCUACCUCACAGGGUUGUUGUGAGGAUAAAAUGGAGCAGGGGCGUGUGUACUUGAGCUCCUUGGAGAAAAAAGUGGGAUAUAAAUGCAAUAAAUAAAAUAUAAAUAAAUAAUAGUGGAGCAUGGGGAUUGUGUUGGGGUCCUGUAGCAAACCUCUAGUAUGACACUAUGUAUAAUUUUAAGUCUGUGUGUAUAUAUGUGUGUGUGUGUGUGUGUGUGUGAGAGAGAGAGAGAGAGAGAGAGAUAAAAUUUAAUAUAAUUGCUGCUUGCAAACUUCUAAAACACAACUUUUAAAAGUUGUGUGUGCAUGUGUGUAUGCGUGCACACACACAUACGUUGUGUGCCUUUUGGGGGGAAGAGUUAAAAUAUUUGUAUUUGUCCUAAAGCAAUCAUAAGGCAAAUAGCACAGAGCCCAUGCACACAGUUUGCAGGCUUGUGCAGUUCAUUUUGAAUAAGAAAGGGGAAACGUCUAAUGCAUUCAUGAAAUACUGCUGAAAUAGAAAAAUUCAGACAGUGCAUCUAUUUGUGGAUCUUUGCUGGCUGAUCACACAAAUAGACACUGAAAAAAUCCUAGCCCUCCUUUUGUGAAGUGAAAGUUAACUCCACGAUAUACUUGUUUGCUCGGAAGGUUUAGUGCUUGUAUUUUCAAACAGUAGUCUGGGCAUUCAUUUACUAAUGAUGAAUGGAAGUACAAGAGAGCUGACAAAUGUACAAGCUUAAUGCACGGUGACAGCCACACAGAGAGCUCUUUUCAUUUGCGGCUUUUCAGAGUCAUUUUAAGUUGGUGCAUUUAGCCAAUCAGCUUUCUCCACUCUGCUGACAUCACUAACUAGCCAGUUCCCUCCAGCUGCAGAGAGCUUCAGUUUCUUUUUUUUUUUAAACUAAAAUGGAGGCUGGUUUCUUGCCUUAAGGAGUACACCGCUUUCCCUGCUGAAGCCUAGAUGUUGACAUGUAAUAAAGCUGGCAGCAGGAUGGUGGUGGACGCAGCCAAUUCAAACGGGCCAUUUCAGCCCGUGGCCCUUCUGCAUAUUCGAGAUGUACCCCCUGGAGAGCAAGAAAAGCUUUUUAUUCAGAAGUUGCGACAAUGUUGCGUCCUCUUCGACUUCAUUUCUGAUCCACUAAGUGACCUGAAGUGGAAGGAAGUAAAACGAGCAGCUUUAAGUGAAAUGGUAGAGUACAUCACGCAUAACCGCAAUGUAAUAACUGAGCCCAUUUACCCAGAAGUAGUACAUAUGUUUGCAGUUAACAUGUUUCGCACACUACCACCUUCAUCCAAUCCAACGGGAGCAGAAUUUGACCCAGAGGAGGAUGAACCAACCUUAGAAGCCGCCUGGCCUCACUUACAGCUUGUUUAUGAAUUUUUCUUAAGAUUUUUAGAAUCUCCAGAUUUCCAACCUAAUAUAGCUAAGAAAUAUAUUGAUCAGAAGUUUGUAUUGCAGCUUUUAGAGCUCUUUGACAGCGAAGAUCCUCGUGAAAGAGAUUUUCUUAAGACUACUCUGCACAGAAUAUAUGGGAAAUUCUUAGGCCUAAGAGCUUACAUCAGGAAGCAAAUUAACAAUAUAUUUUAUAGGUUUAUUUAUGAAACAGAACAUCACAAUGGCAUUGCAGAAUUACUGGAAAUAUUGGGAAGUAUAAUUAAUGGAUUUGCCUUACCAUUAAAAGAAGAGCACAAAAUUUUCCUUCUAAAGGUAUUGUUACCUUUGCACAAAGUGAAAUCACUGAGUGUCUACCAUCCACAGCUGGCAUAUUGUGUAGUUCAAUUUUUAGAAAAGGACAGCACGCUUACUGAGCCAGUGGUGAUGGCACUACUCAAGUACUGGCCAAAGACUCACAGUCCAAAAGAAGUUAUGUUUUUAAACGAAUUAGAAGAAAUUUUAGAUGUUAUUGAACCAUCUGAAUUUGUAAAGGUUAUGGAACCUCUUUUCAGGCAGCUAGCCAAGUGUGUCUCCAGUCCACAUUUCCAGGUGGCAGAACGAGCACUAUACUACUGGAAUAAUGAGUAUAUUAUGAGCUUAAUCAGUGACAACGCAGCAAAGAUUUUGCCCAUCAUGUUUCCAUCCUUAUACCGAAAUUCAAAGACACACUGGAACAAGACAAUACAUGGCUUGAUUUACAAUGCUCUGAAACUAUUCAUGGAGAUGAACCAAAAACUGUUUGAUGACUGCACACAGCAAUUUAAAGCAGAAAAAGUUAAGGAGAAGCUAAAAAUGAAGGAACGGGAAGAAGCUUGGGUUAAAAUAGAAAAUCUAGCCAAAUCAAAUCCCCAGUACUCAGUAUUGAGUGACACCUGUCUGGUGAGCAGUCCUGUUGCAAUGGAAACAGAUGGGCCUUUAAUUGAAGACUUGCAGGUGCUGAAAAAUACAGUGAAAGAAGAAACUUGUCCGGCACAGAAGGAACAGAAAAAGGAUCGUGUUAUUAUGCGCCGCAAGUCCGAACUGCCUCAGGAUAUCUAUACCAUGAAAGCCUUGGAGUCCCAUUGCCGAGCUGAUGAUCUAAUAACGCAUGAUGGGCAUUAGACUAUUCAAGUGAAAUCUUAUUUGGAGGAAAACCCUUUUUUCUGGACUCUUCCACAGUAGAGAACUUACUUUUUUUGUGCCAUACUGAUCAGUUACACACAAGUCAAAGCUUUUUUCCCCCAGUCCCAUUUCUUUAGGCAAUAACUUUGAUACAGUAUACACAGCUCAAGAUUAGUUGUUCAAACAAUGGUAAAUUACCUGUUUCUAUAUGCAGAACCUUGGGGUUGACAAGUAUUAAACGAAGACACUUCCUUGGUGACGUUGGCAUAGUACUAACCAAUCGAAGCAUGCACUUUCCCCCCUCCAUAUUAUUACUGAGAGAAGAACAGCCUUGGCGCAAAUCAUCAAACACUGUUGCCACACAACCUCCCAAAACCUUUUUGGCUGCUCCACCUUUCCUGUGGGAGGCAUGGAAAGCAGUAUAUGGAAAAGCAUGAAACCAUAAUGUUGAUCAUAUUGUUUGCAGUAUGUACAUCUGUUAGACUACAGUCAGCUGCAGCUUGUGGCUCAUGUACAUCAUAUAUGUGCAGACACACAAGAAAAUGCAUGUGUGACUGCACAUUCCUUCCCCCCCCCCUUUAUAUGGAACUGCUUUCUGUGUGGGCAAAGUGGCCUUGCAUGGGUUGUCCUAAUUGGAAGCUACAGUCCAGGGGUGCCUGGUAAGCUAAGGCCACUUUCUUUCUAUUCUUCCUGUCCCCAAAGUUGGUACUGUGGCAAUAGUCGAGUUUUUUAAUCCCCCGAAAACCUAUUAGGCAUACUUAGAACACUGAAAAAACUAUUCUGCAUUACUGCCUUGACAAAUUCAUGGCAGCUUGGAAACACACAGUUAAAUUGUUCUCUCAGUUCAGCUUACAGAAUGGCAACUUUCAUGACAAUCUUCAAUCACGGCUGAUUUCUAGGAGCUCUGAAAAUUAUUUCAGAGAGAGGCACCCUUAAAGUACUUUAUAUGGAUUGAAGCCAUAUUUUCCAAUCUUUAAGCAUGUAAUAGAAGCUGAGUAUUUUGGAACUGACUUGCUAGAAAAAGAAUUUGUGUUCCUAAAACUGAAAUCCUGUCUGCCUUGAUUAGAAAUAAAUUGCAUUAAAAAAAAGUAAUUGCAUAACUCUUAUUUUGUCGUCCCCCCCCCCCCCCGAAACCAUUAUUUCAUUUACCAGAAUGACUUCAAUGUUUUUCUGCCUUACCUGAGUUUUUACUGCAUGGCAUAUUUUGAGCUCUAAGAGUUCUUUUUGUAGACAUCAUGAGAUCAGCUAGUUGGAUACAUUUCUCUGGGUGAUAUAGUUUGAUGAGAGUGCAGCAUUAGUACCUUUUCAGAUUAUAUUUAAUAAGGCAACAGAUCCUCAUUGCAUUAUGCAUUUUUCAGAUGCCUGUCUUAAAAGCUGAGAAAUGAGUUACAGAAGUUCUGUUGUCAUAUUAUUUUCUGUGGUGAAAAGCACAUGUAAAACAUAACACACCUCACAAGAAGAAAAAAACUCAUCUGAGUUACUCUUGAUCUUCAAAUGCUGCUAUAUAUUCCACAAUAUUACAUGCAUGUUAUGAGCUCUUUUUUAUUGUUGUGGAUGGGAAAGCACGAAGAAAUUUUCUAUAUAUGUAGUGCUUUGUCUUCAAUAUUUGAUUUCUCUCAGGGUGGCCAGUAUUUUUAGACCUUUGUAUCCUGCUUAAGAGGUGGGUUUCAGUUGUGUUUUAUUUAGAAUGAGCAACUUCUUUCUUUUGUCUCUGGCAGUAACGAACAGUAUUUUAAUGUCUUGAUACAGAAAAUUUUAAAACAUGUGGCUUCUUCAAAAUAAGUUUUUAAGGAAAUGAGGUAUCGUGAAUCCAUUAAAAUUAUUGUAUGAAACAGGCAGUUCUAGUAACCUUGUGCAGAUGUAGUGCCUGCUGUCUGGUCUCACUUAAAACAAAAUGUCCAAUAUUUAUUGCAAAAGCUGUGGGGGGAAAUCAUAUGUGGUGUGAUGGGAAUUAGUGGCAAGGCAGAGCUAAAUUAAUAUAAAGACCACUCCAAGCUUCAAAAAGAAUACCCAUUCUGUGUAAAAACAAUUCCUGUUAAACUUGAAAAUAAAUAUGGUUUACCAUGAAAAACAAGUAAUUUAAAGCAAAUUAAAGUUGUCUUCCCUUUUUGAGGUUGGGGGAAAGGGUGCUUUUUUAAUUGCAAACGGCAACGUCUAUAUGUAUUUUGAUAUACCAUUGUUUGAACUUCCAUCUUUAGCUGGUAACCUGUCAACAACCUUUUUAUAAUUAGGCUGUUCAGUAGGUUCAUGAAAGAGGUUUCUGGAAAGAAGCAUUCAAACUAAUGUUAUCCUCUGGGGGGAGUGGGAAAAUAUUGUAUAUCAAUGUUUGGUUGACUGUGUAACGCUCAACGUAUAAGAUCUUUCACUGUCUAGAUUUUAUUUUUUCUCUUUACUGAAGAUAAACAUUCACCAAAAAGCUAACGUUCUGGGAUAGGUAGGAAAAUUAUGCCAUGAAAACUUGCUCUUGAGAUUUUAGGCCAGUUGACAAACUUGCCUAAGCAAUAUUCUAAAAUUUAGCAGCACUAAUUGUUUGGCUUGUUUGUUAUCACCAUUUUUAUGCUCUGUAUAAGUUCUGUAUUAAAUUAUUCUAAAAACUAAUACAUCCAAAAUAAAAAUGUGCAAAUAAAAUAUAGUUUUGGUGACUGUUGUUCUUCAUAAAGUUCAGUGUUAGCCAUCUUCCCAUGUUCUCCAAAAAUUUAUGCCUGUACAUCAGGAAUGUCAAAAAGAAUAUUACCAAGUGUCUUUUUUUGUGUGUGGCUUUAGUAUGGCUUCAUUUUAAUAUUGUACAUACAUUGUACUUUGUUUUAUUGUAAUGAGUAAUAAAAAUGUAGACUUCA